UGCCAGCCUUUUGACAACAGUGUACGCUAUUUUCUUCACAAUCUCUCCAUCACGCAGUACAGUCUUUCUGGCAGCCAACAAGACCCCCGUCAAUAAUCACCAUACGUAGAAUUGAUAUUGCAUAACUCCAGUGGUACCCAGACGCCGGGUUUUUCGAGCAAAGGCUGCCUCUUGAACAUUCAACAUCGAACAUCUGACAAUGUUUGGUCGCAGACGACGCAGACCUAUCUUGGGAGCGGCCGUCCUUGCCGGCACGGCAACCGUCGCAGCCAGGCAUGGCGCGAGGCAGCAGGCCUACAUGACGGCCGAGCAGCAGUUCCAGAUGCAGCAAGAGGCCGAGUUGAGGCGAUAUGCCGAGGAGAACCAGCGCCUCCGCAGCCAACGCGCCGUUGACGAUGCCGUGAACGAGGCGCUUGUCAAGCAGCAGACCGGAAGCGGCGGCCAGCAGGCACAGCAACCUACGACUACUGCUCCCACGGGCCAGGAUAAUGUGCAAUCACCGCCUGGCGGACCCCCUACAUACUAUGCGACCAAUGACCCCUACAGUUCGCCUGCGCCUCCCUCACCUUAUCUUCAACCGGGCCCUCUUCCUCCAAGGCCUCGGAGCACCAGCGCUGCCGACUCCGGGUCCGCCUUUUGCACCGAAUGUGGCACCAAAUGCGGCGCCCAAGACAACUUUUGCAGCAGAUGCGGCCAGUCGCUCUCGACCAGGGCAUAUGAGCAGCAGGAGAAGCAGGCAAUGUAGAGGCAUGAACGGAGCGGAGUGGUAUUGUAUGCAUGAAACAGUUUUUAUUUUACUGCGUGACUCUUCCCGCGAGCUACUGGUUCUCUAGGAACGACCAUGUAUAACAGGCUGCGUGUAUCUUGGACUGAGCACACUUUGUGCCCUGAUGGCAUUGUUGCUGGUAGCUUGGUGCCACUAGAACAUGUACCUUGUCGGUGCCUCGGAUUGACCGACAUCAAGUCAUCGCUCUCAGGCUCAUCAGGUCACCAGUGAUUGUGGGACAUCGGAGGUCAAACAAUCCGCCGACUUGCCAGAGCCCGUGAGGCUUUGGCGAGCAACGGGCUCAGUCCAUAUCCUGCACAAUAGCGAUAGCCCAGCGUACGAAACACCUCGGCCAAAUUCUUUUUAACUACUUCUUCACCUGUCAUGACAAAGGUGCAGACAGUCUUAUUCAUCUUGCC